GCAGCGGAACAAACGAAGUGCUGCAGUGAGCGGAGCCGGUGGAGCCGAGGAGCGCCCGAACCGCUCGGUAUUCUUCACACAAGGAUCUGCUGGAUGGAUCCAAUCCAGUGUGCCACUUUAAUGUGAAAAAACAGGAUUUUUUUUUUCUUCUGGCAAAUGAAUCAGCAAAGCAAUUUCCAUAUUUGAUAUAUUAAAGGCUGGGCUCUUCUUUGAAAUGUAUCUGGAAAUAAAUUAAGUAAAAAAAAUUUAAAGGAAUAAAGACAGAAGCGUAAAGGAGACCUCCAGCUGAAGGCUGAUGGUGGGACAUGCUCUCAGUUUGGAGGUGGGAUCUGUUUUUGACAAUGGAAGAAUCAGGAGGUGGAGGGAAAUCAUAUGAUGAUUUUUAAUCGACAAUUCAGACACUGAAGAGCACAUACUAUAGUGGCUGGCGAAUGUGAAGACUGAAAGAAAGAGCAGCUCCAUUUCCCCACUGCAUCUGCAGUCAGAGUGUACGGGAGCGUACCCAUCUUGUGGAUUUCUCUAUUUUUAAUGUGAAUCUGUUGCUUUUACCUCCACCACUGGGACUAAAAAUGGACUUAAUUCCUUCACAGGUAGCCCGUCUGAUGGCUUACUGCAUUAUAAUGUCAUCGCUCUGAGACGCUGUGGAGAAAUGUCUAAAUUGAAGACGCAAACACCUCUUGGAAGAGGCUGUAUAAGAGACAUGAUUCCAAAAACUGCAACAACUGAUUGCAGGCUAAAAUUUCCCAUCCAUUAUUUCUCCAUGCCUCUCUUCCUGCUGGUCUUCUCUCUGGUUACACCUGCCCAUACCAUUCAUGUGGAGUCCAUAGAGAGCCACAGUGAGUUUACCUGUGAGCCCAUCAGACUGAGAAUGUGCCAGGAUCUGCCUUACAACACCACCUUUAUGCCCAAUCUCCUGAAUCACUAUGACCAGCAAACUGCUGCACUAGCAAUGGAGCCUUUUCAUCCGAUGGUAAACCUGGUGUGCAGUGCUGAUCUGAGGAUGUUCCUGUGUGCCCUGUACGCUCCAGUCUGCACCGUGUACGGCCAGGUUUCCAUGCCAUGCCGAUCCCUUUGCCAGCGGGCCAAAGAUGAAUGCCGCAAACUCAUGGAAAUUUUUGGUGUAGCCUGGCCAGAUGACAUGGAGUGCAGCAGGUUCCCAGAUUGUGAUGAGGCCUAUCCUCGUCCAGAGGACCUGCUUACAGGCUCUGAACCUACUGACCAAUCAUCCAUGACCGUCCAGAGAGAUUACGGUUUCUGGUGCCCCAGAGAGCUCAAGGUCGACCCAGACCUGGGUUACACUUUUAUGGGCAGGAAAGACUGUUCUGCCCCAUGUCCCUCAAUGUUCUUCAACCAGCGGGAGCUGACCUUCAUUCGAUACUUCAUUGGGGUCGUCUCCAUUGUCUGUCUGUCCGCAACACUCUUCACUUUCCUGACAUUCCUCAUUGAUGUCACAAGGUUCCGAUACCCUGAGCGGCCAAUCAUCUUCUAUGCUGUGUGUUACGUCAUGGUGUCGCUGGUGUUCUUCCUGGGUUUCCUGCUGGAAGACAGGGUCGCAUGCAAUCCUGUCAGCGCUUCCCAGUUCAGAGCUUCAACCAUAACACAGGGCUCCCACAACAAGGCAUGCACCCUGUUCUUCAUGGUUUUGUAUUUCUUCACUAUGGCCGGCAGUGUGUGGUGGGUCAUACUGACAAUCACUUGGUUCUUGGCUGCGGUGCCCAAAUGGGGCAGUGAGGCCAUUGAGAAGAAAGCCCUCCUCUUCCAUGCAAUUGCCUGGGGCCUCCCAGGGGCCCUGACUGUCACCCUCUUGGCCCUGAAUAAAAUUGAGGGAGAUGGGAUCAGUGGAGUGUGUUUCAUAGGGCUGUAUGACAUAGACGCCCUGAGGUGGUUUGUUCUGGCACCGCUCUGUGUCAAUGUGGCGGUCGGUGUCACCCUGCUUUUAGUGGGCAUUGUUGCUCUGAACCGAGUGCGCAUGGAGAUCCCGCUGGAGAAGGAGAACCAGACCAAACUAGUCAAGUUCAUGAUUCGGAUGGGAGUUUUCUCUGUGCUCUACCUGGUUCCCUUGUUGACUGUGAUUGGGUGCUACAUAUAUGAACAUACCUACCGCAGCAUCUGGGAGAAAACGUGGAUGGAGAAGAACUGCAGGCAGUAUCACAUCCCCUGCCCAUACAAGGUUGAACAGACCAGCAGGCCAGCCAUGGUAUUGUUCCUAAUUAAAUAUCUGAUGAUGCUGGUGGUGGGGAUUCCCUCUGUUUUCUGGGUGGGCAGCAAGAAGACCUGUUUUGAGUGGGCCAAUUUCCUACAUGGACGCAGACGCAAAGACAGUGGGGUGAAUGAGUCUCGUCAGGUGCUGCAAGAGCAGCCGGACUUUGCUCAGUCUCUGCUGCGUGAGCCCAACACCCCCAUCAUUAGGAAGUCCAGAGGAACAUCCACUCAGGGUACCUCCACCCAUGCCUCAUCCACCCACUUGGCUGUUCUAGACGACCUUGAUGAACCAGUCAGAACUCACCAUGGGCUCCCCUCCUCCACCAGGAGUAAGGCCAGCAGUGUCCACAGCAAGGCCAGCUACCACGGCAGCCUGCGUCACACUCGUGAUAACAGGAGCGAUACCGUGGUUUACCGAGGUACAGAGGAGCGCAGUUUCCAUGGCAGCAAUCCACGCAUCGACCAUCCGCUCUCCGCUCACAGCAGCCUUCACCAGAUAGACAGCCACUCGAGGCACAGCAGCCAGCGAGACGUAUCUGAAGCGCCACCUACCCUCAUCACACAUGGAACCACAGCAAGCGACGGCCGAGCUGCUGAGAAUGACGGCACGAGCGCCUGAGACACGGGAUCAUUGUAAGGAUGAAGACUUGAACUCAGCAGAUGCACAGAGCUUUUGGUGACACUCAAGACAUUAGUCAGGGAAAGUUUUGGAAACAAAUAUAUACUGACAAAAUACUGAAAGAAAGGUCAGUGUAUCUCAGUCUGGUUGAGAGUGGCAUCAUCAUCAUAAUAUGGUGGCAUUAUUUCCAGGACCUACAUGAAUAUGUUGUUAAAUAUGUGAACACUGCCGUGUCUUGCUUUUGUAAGAGUUUUUAAAUAGCUUGUCUGCCAUCUUGGUAAUGUGUUACAGAAAACUUGACUUGUUUCAGUCUCAGCCUUUGCUGUAGACUUGUUUAUUCCCAAACUUCUACUCCUCCGGACUGCAGCUCUUAAUGAGUGAUGUUUAACUUUGCGUGGCUUCAGAAAAUGACAAAAAUGGGCCUAAUGUGAAAUCAUGGACCUCUCUGUGGUUUAUUGAGUUAUUUUUAUACUGUGAAAGUUGUCUGUCUGCUGCUGGAAGCUUCAUUGUGCGUGUGUGAGAGAGAAAGUGGGAAACGGAGACAUCACUAGUGAUGUGUUUUAAAUUUUAAUUCUCCCCUUGAGUUUGAAGGAGGGACCUGAAAGAUGAAACGUCCAACCGUGAAUGUAAAAGGGUUGUUUCAGAGUCAGAACCAGAAGCUACGUCCAUCUUCUAUACUGUCUUUUGAACUGUCUGCACCGAGGCUUGAGCUUGGCAAAGACGUGAUGAGGCAGCUUUAGAAACAAGCGAGAUAACAUUUAGCACAUUAAAUGCAUGUUCAGUGUUUUGUAAUCCUAAGAAUAAAACAAAAUAACAAAAUCUAAAAUAUGCCUCACAUGGCUUUACAAUCUGAAUGAUAUAUGACCCCCUCUUUUUACCCUCAGAAAGCUGAUAAAUGUUAUUUGAGAAGCGGAAUGCUCCAUCAGUGCAUUCAAACCCCAUAUAAGCACAGACAGGAGUGUAAUUUAAAAUGGAAACAUAUAGCAGUGCUUCACAUGGGUUUCUUCAGGAAAGAACUGCUUUUAUUCUUCUGUAAUAUUUACCAGUGUACUAUAUAAAUGCCUAAACUGCUUACUGUACAUGCUCUGUGAUCAUGUGUAUUCACAUUCCUCAGGCUCAAACUUGCCCAAAGAGGUGCAGACAACUGACAGUCCAACGUUAGAAAAAGAAACAUUCAUUCAUUGUGCUUUAUUUUCUGCUUGUUAAGGUACAGGAAGUGAAUAUUGUGUUUCAUGUUCAUGCAGCUCCUUUUGGUCCCCCAAUCCUAGAGUACCUGAUUAACCUACCUCACCUGGACCCGCCGUCUUCUCUGAACCUGUACACACACACACAUUACUGGGUGCUGUUUUUGGAAAGGAAGAAAUUGGUCCUAAACCUAACAUGAUCAGUUCAGUAAAAAUCGUGGUGCUUAUUUCUGAUGAAUCUCAACUCGCGCUCGCAGUAGAAUAUCUGUAACCGUCUCUCUGUCCCACAGUCUACCUCUUCAGUUGAAGCCAGGCUUACCCUCUGCCUUUCACUGUUGCCUCUCUCCUCUCGUCUAUCUCUUUAUGUUUGUCUUGUUUGAAAUUUCUCAUGGGCGGCUACGUACUGUCAGCUUGUCUGUCUGCAUAUUUGUUGUACAUAGAUUUUUAUUUUUUUUUCCCCUGUACUAUGUGAUGACUAAUCUGCCUCUCCUCCUGUAAAUGUGCCCACGCUACUCUUUUUUUGGACCUACAGCAACUGUCUGUACUCAUACAAGUAGUGACUGCUUACAAACAUCAACCGUUGUGCUUUUACCUCAGAAUUAGACAUCACAGUGAGAGAUACUGUGGUAAAUGUGUCGUAAACUGUACAUAAGGAAAGAUCUUUCUCAGCAGUUUGACAUCUUAUUCUGGUUCACUUAAGUUAACAUUAAUCCCCUACAGUGAGACAGGAAGAAGACAUUUCUGAUGUCCUAUUAUAAUACAGCUUCAAAGUGAACUACAUUAGCUUGGAAACACAAUGGGUUUUUAAUGAUGGUUAAAAAAUGUGUAAGAAUAUUGUGAUUUUUGAAACUUGAGCUGUCUUUGCCUUUUAAUUUAUUUGCAGUUUGGAACUGUAAUGAUGUCUUUUUUCAUGCAGUCUAAUAAACAGUUGUUUUUUUUAAUAGA